CUGCUUCCGGGGCUUGCGCUGCAGUUGAAAGAGUGGCGCGAAGAGUCGCAGGGAGUUAAUUGGACAGCACGCAUUGAUGGCUCUACAGAGGUCAUCGCUCUCACUGGAUUCCAGUGAGAGCGACUCUGAAGAGUUGCCAACAUUUGCCUUCCUGAAGAAGGAACCGUCUUCAACAAAGAGGAGGCAGUCUCAGAGGGAGGAGAAGAUUGUUGUGGUUCACACCUCGGAUUCUGAAGCCUCCUGUCCUCCAUCACCAAGGUUGAAAGAUGUACCCCCUACCCCGGACACAGCUGAAUCCAUCACACAAACAGAGCCAGUGAGGGUGCUAAGCAGUGGAAGUGAGGAUGAGGUAGAAUUAAUUCCCCUGGCCGAGAGGCUUGCAUGUAAGUUUUUGACCCGCAAGCCACUGAGCCCUGAGGACUCUAGCUCCCCAGUUAAAAGUGUAUGGGAUCAUCAAAAUAGUGAAGGAGGAUCCUGUGACUGGAAAAAAGAACCCUUUCCAAAGGUCCCUGAUAUUGCCCUCCGUGACACCUCAGAGAGAUGUGCAUCAAAUAACAAGGACCCUGCGGGAGACAGUCCAUGCCACCAGCUUCCAGCCUUCAAAGCUACCUGCCCUAUCCAGAACAACAGCUGGACAAAUGCUGAGGUCCCCCCACUUCAGAAGAGAACCAAGCCUAGCCAGGAGGUCCAGAGGAGCAGCUCGCAGGGACGCCAGCCGCGGAGACGAGCAAGCCCAAAGGAACGCACCCUGGAACAACAGGAGAGGACCAAGAAGGCAGCCGUGGCUAACAGGCCGAAAGCUCAGAGGCCUGAGGAAUGCCUAAAGCACGUGGUCGUGAUGCUGGAUCCAGUGCUUUUACAGACGGAAGGGGGAGGCCAGCUCCUCGGGGCGCUGCAGUCCAUGGAGUGCCGGUGUGUGAUCGAGGCCCAGGCCGUGCCCUGCAGCAUCACCUGGAGGAGAAGGGCUGCGCCAGCUGAGGAUGGACAGGAAGACUGGGUCGAGGAACCGAUGGUCCUGGUGCUGCUCCCGGCAGAAGCGUUUGUGUCCAUGGUCCGGAACUUCAAGCAGGGAAGUGUGGGCGGACCUGAGAAGGGGAAGGAAACACUGCGGAGCUUUGUGACCAACACCACGGCGAGGGCAGCUGGGAAAGCUCUGUCCCUGGUUAUUGUGGAUCAGGAGAAAUGCUUCAGUGCUCCAAACUCCUCAAGAAGAAGGAAGCAGGGAGUGGCAGAUAGGGAACAGGCCAAGGAGAAGCAGCAGAGACGACCAGAGGCCAGCGCAGGGCAUGUGGUGUCCAGAGUAGACGUGGAAGAGGCGCUGGUGGAUCUGCAGCUGCACACACGAGCCCAGGCCCGACUGGUGCAGACCUGGAAAGAGCUGGCCGACUUCGCAUGUGCACUUACCAAGGCUGUGGCUGAGGCGCCCUUCAAGAAGCUUCGAGACCAAACUAGCUUCUCCUUCUGCCUGGAGAGUGACUGGUCUGGAGGGGCAAAGGUGGACCGCACGGGCAGGGGACUAAUGCUGGUGUGGAGGAGACAGAUUCAGCAGCUGAACCGAGUCAGCCUGGAAAUGGCCAGUGCCAUCGUGGAUGCCUAUCCCUCCCCCCAGCUCCUGGUCCAGGCUUAUAGGCGGUGUCUGUCGGAGCAAGAACGUCAGAAUUUGCUCGCAGACAUACAGGUACGCCGUGGGGAAGGUGUGACUGCUACGUCCCGCCGGGUUGGACCAGAGCUAUCCAGGCGCGUCUACCUUCAGAUGACCGCUCUGCAGCCAGAUCUCUCUUUAGACGGUGCAGACUGAGGCCAGCCCUGGGGAAGCUGGAGAUUUCCACCUCACUCAGCUCGGAAGAGGACUAUGGGAAGAAGCUGGAAGCACAAGCCUGGGUCGGGCUCACAAGAGACUCCUUCCCGAGUGUCAGAAUCUGCAGAGUCUCCCUGACAUCUUGGCACAGGUGGCUGAGAUCUUGCGUUCACCUUCACAAGUAUGGACUGUCCCUCUCCCAGGGAAACUCCAUUGCUGUGCACAAGUCACCCUACCUCAGCAGCCCUCCAAACACAAAGGAACAAAGACAGACCACUCAGACACGUAUUUAAUAACUGUAGAAAUCCACAAGAACCUCAGCUUCAAAUCUCGAGAUCACGAGGGAACUUCCCUCAGUGGGCUGGCUGGAGGGAGCCAGGUGUGCCCUGCCGCCCUCUCACCCAGCCCCCCUGCUUGGGGGUCUGAUCCCUGGGCUGACUCCCCAUCCUCUUCAUCUCAUCUCACAUACUAUCUAUUUUGUUUCAAUAAAGCAUUUGUACCAAUGGCUCUGGAGCUUGGAGGAAGACUAAGGAAUGUGUAGUGAUUUCUGAGUAAGGUGUGG